CACUGAGGAGAUGCCAGAAACUUUCAUUUUUGAGUUUGUGUCUUGCUUCCCAGCAGCAGGAAGGGGCUGAGGCUGGUGGCACCCAUGGCUGAUGGACACAACAAAAACCCAUUUCAGGAUUUGGAAUCUAUUGGGAAAGAGAUCUUAGCUGGAGUUUUGGAUAUGUUGGUGACAAAAGAUGUUCUGAAAUUGAAGGAAACUGACAAGAAAAAAUUCAAUGAUGCCAAGCCUGGAGACAAGAUCCAGGUUGUACUGGAUGCUGUGGGACAGAAACGCAUUGAAGCAGGUCAAAUCCUUGUCAAAGCCUUUGUUAAUACAAACAAAAAUGCCAUCUGCAAUGAAGAUCCUACAGUUCCUCCAGAAAUGACUGGGCCAGCUGAGUCAGCAGAAACUACAGAUACCCUCAAGCUUUGUCCUCAUGAAGAUUUCCUGAAAGUGUGUAAAGAAAGGGCUAAAGAGAUCUAUCCAAUAAAGGAGAAAACAAGCCGCACUCGCCUGGCUCUCAUCAUAUGCAACAGAGAGUUUGGUCAUCUUCAGCCCAGGCAGGGGGCUGAACUUGACAUCACAGGGAUGGAAGAGUUGCUUGUGGGCCUCGGCUACAGUGUGACUGUGGAAGAGAACCUCACAGCCAAGGAGAUGGAGUCAGUGCUGGUGACAUUUGCUUCCCAAAAAGAGCACAGUACCUCAGAUAGCACAUUCCUGGUGUUCAUGUCGCAUGGCCUCCUGGAUUAUCUCUGUGGGACUAGGCAUAGCGACGAACACCCAGAUGUGCUGCCUUAUGACACCAUCUUUCGGAUAUUCAACAAUCGCAACUGCCCCAGUCUCAAGGACAAGCCGAAGGUCAUCAUUGUCCAGGCCUGCAGAGGUGAAAACCGCGGGGAAACUUGGGUCAGUGACUCUCCAGUAGCCGUGAUGGACAACCCUUUACAGUCAGCUGAUAGCAUGGAAGAAGAGGCCAUUUCCAAAGCUCACGUGGAGAAGGACUUCAUUGCUUUCUGCUCCUCAACCCCACAUAACAUAUCCUGGAGAGACCCUAGUACAGGUUCUGCCUUCAUCGCACAGCUAAUCAGAUGCUUCAAAGAGUAUUCUUGGCGCCUUCACCUCGAGGAAGUAUUUCGGAAGGUACAACUAUCAUUCGAAAAGCCAGAUGUUAGAGCCCAGAUGCCCACCAUUGAACGAGUAUCCAUGUCAAGACAUUUCUACCUCUUUCCUGGCAAUUGAAAAUACUAAGGAUCAAAGCUGUUGUCACGUAGAAUAAAGGGGAAAGUCAUACUGGUGGUGAGGUUCAACAGCUAAUGACAGUCAAUUGCAUGGGUAGUCAAAUUAAUGUUGCUUCUUGAUAUAGUUUAGUGACUAGAUGUUAUUUUUUUCUCUACUUAUAUGAAUCUGGAUCCUCCUCAUCUCCAUGAUCAAUUAAUCAGUCAGCCAAUCAAGGAGAUAAGCCAUACUAAGACAGGGAGUAAUAAACAAUUAAGGACACAAUGUAGUAAUUAAUGAAACAGAAAUGUACUCAUGCUUCCACUAUUACUUUAUAUUUCUUUCUCACCACACACACACACACACACACACACACACACACACACACAAGUUACCAAACAUUGCCUUAGAUCCUGAAAAGCAAAAAUAAAAUAAAAACAAAAACACAGAAAAUAGAGGAGAUGACUGUGAAGGAAGCAAGACUUUGGUCCUUUAAAUGCAGAUGUCACAUUACUGAACUUAAGCUACAACUACCAAGACAGUAUAAAAUAUACUGUAAUUCUUGUAUUGAUGCAGAUUCUGUCUUCCUGACAGUUCACAUAAAGUAGAUUUUAGAGUGUGCUCUCAGAUCCUUAAUUACUGCUCUGAAUCCUUUCAAGCACCCAUGUUAACACACAUUUAUUGUGUUUUGGUAAAUAUAUUUUAGAAUGGGUUCAACGAAUUUAGACUUAUUUAUUAUUUACUCACUCAUAAGAGCUGUAUAUCACAUUGUAUUGUAAAUCUAUUGUUAAUCUCUCUUUCAACAGCAUGAUUAAAAUUAUACUUUAUAGUAAAAGUUAUCUCACUACUUUAAGUCUUUACCCACCAUGUUCUACUCCUGGUUUGUGAUUUUCAGGUGGAAUAAUUGCAUAAAUAGUUCAUCAGAAUAGUGUUUAUUGCCUAAUUAGUAUUAGAGAACCACAUUAGGGAUUGACCUAUUUGACUAAUAUUUAUCAAGCACUUACUAUAUUCCAAGUUUUGUUCUAGAAUAUUGAAAUAUACAAGUAUACAAAAUAAAUGGAAAGCUUUGUUUCAGAAAGCUCAUACUCUAGUAAGUGGAGACAGACUAUAAAUACACAAACAAGUAAAUAUAUGUGAGACUGAUAAGAACUAAGAAGAAAAAUAAAUGAGGUUAAAAUGAUGAAAGAGCCGAGACCGGUUUGGCUCAAUGGAUAG